UGGUUUGCAUAAGCCUGUGUUGAGAUGCCACACUGAAGCUCCUCGCACAGAAGGGAGAUCAACUGGAAAAAAUCAGUGUUAACAGCAGCUCUCCUCUGUGAGGAACAGGGUAGUAGCAGGAGCGGGCAAGGGAGGAGGGAGCGAGAGAGAGAGAGAGAGAGAGAGAGAGGGAAAGAGAGAGACUUUUGCACAGAGACCCAGCCACAGCCUCUAUUGUAGGUAAGCAGGCAAGGGAAGGCGUUUUAGGAGCGGAAUUUAAACCCACAGGCGCAACACUGGUCACUGCUGUGGAGACCCCCGAAAUCGGCGGACAAGGCAAUAUGGAGGAGGAUAUGGAUGAAGGGCAGACCCAGAAGGGAUGUAUGGAGUGUUGUCUGAAGUGUCUAGGCGGCAUCCCUUAUCCAUCACUGAUUGCCACUAUCCUGCUGUAUGCUGGAGUGGCACUCUUCUGUGGAUGUGGUCAUGAGGCUCUGUCUGGAACGGUCACCAUACUCCAGAAUUACUUUGAGGUGAUCAGGGCACCAGAUGCUCUGGAUGUCUUUACAAUCAUUGACAUUAUAAAGUAUGUGAUCUACGGUAUUGCCUCUGCGUUCUUCGUGUAUGGCAUUCUUCUGAUGGUAGAAGGCUUCUUCACCAGUGGAGCCAUCAAGGAUCUGUAUGGAGACUUCAAGAUCACCACCUGUGGACGUUGCGUCAGUGCAUGGUUCAUCAUGCUGACCUACAUCUUCAUGUUGGCUUGGCUGGGUGUGACAGCAUUCACCUCUUUGCCUGUCUUCAUGUAUUUCAACAUCUGGACCAUCUGCCAAAACACGACUGCCCUAGCGGGAGCAAGUUUAUGCUUUGACCCACGCCAGUAUGGUGUCGUGCCCAUUGCAGAGGCGAAGUCUCUAUGUGCAGGAUCAGAUAAGUUCUCUGAAAUGUGUCAAUCGAAUGAGCUGGAUAUGACUUUCCAUCUGUUUGUCUGUGCACUGGCUGGGGCUGGAGCAGCGGUCAUUGCAAUGAUCCACUAUCUGAUGGUCCUGUCUGCCAACUGGGCCUAUGUGAAGGAUGCUUGCAAAAUGCAGAAAUAUGAGGACUGCAAGUCCAAGGAGGAGCAGGAGCUGCAUGACAUCCACUCCACGCGUUCCAAGGAGAGGCUCAAUGCCUACACAUAAGACAGGAAGCAGCAGCAGGGGCGAGAGGACCCUCAGUGCCUUCACUUCCUGUUAAAAGGAGUUUUGGCACUGGUGCAGUCCAGGUGGUGUGUCGUACGACCAACCCCAUGGCCAACCCAUUACCUCUCGCACAAACAUUAUUAUUAUUAUUAAUAUUAUUAUUAUUAUUAUUAUGUAGUGCUAGCAGUAGUGUUGUAAGUUUUUUCACAUUAUUUUUUUUUUCAAAAAUUGUGCAGGUUCUUUUUGCACCACAUUCUUAAUUUUUCUAUUAUAUUUCUCUUUUUAAAACUAAAUUUAGCAUUAAUACAUGAAUCAUUCUUAUGUAGAGGGUCGGUUUUUGGGGUUAAAAAAGCACAUUUUUCAUGUGUGUUUGUCUCUUAUGGUCUCAUUAUCAAGGACUUACAGCAUGACAACAUUUUGGUAAAACUAAAUAAUUCUCUCUUUCUCCCUCUCUUUCUCUCCUUCUUUUUUAAUCGUUAGGAGGUAUAAAGCCCGACACCAGCAGAAGGCGUGCUCAUUCUGCAUUAUUUUGGUAAAAGAAAACUCAAAACUGAGAAAGAAAGACAAAAAAGAAAAUUAAGCUAUAACAGGUGUACCAUAAAGUGUUUAUUUAUUAUUUUUCUACAAAUGUCAUUAUCAAGAUGAAUACAUAAUGGUUAUUAUUUGCUUGCCGUGCUAGUUCAGUUUUCAGGUAGUCCUUUGUGUGCCAGUGGGUGGCAUUGUAACUUCUCUGAGGGGGAGAGGAACGGGGCUACUUGUGACCACUUUGCAGUGGGUGUAAAAUCUACCAGACUCCCUCUUCGAUAACAAUGCAACUCUCCCUUUACUGGCAGCAAGCUACAUAUGCACAAGCCUACAGCAUUAUGACCCCCACUUUUUUAUUUUCCUAUAGAUACAGAUGUAGACACAUAUGACAGGGUUUUAAUUUGACUAUUUUUAUUUUCGACUUUUGUAUAUAGUCAUUCUGUAAAUGUAUGUACUGUACGUUAGCACUUAAACUUCAGGUGAAUUCGUAUUAGAUCGACAAAACACAUUCCAUGACAGGAUAGGGAGAGGGAGGGUAUUCUUUUUUAAAUCUAUUCGGAAAAAAAGCAGAGAAGAAGCUAAAUCCAGGCGACACAGUAAUAUUGUUUUUUGUGACAGAUCACAUAUUUUAGCGGGUUUUCUUUUCAAUGGGGAAUAAAACGAUGAAAACAACUUUUUAAAGAGCUUAUAAUAUUAUCUGGAUGACAGUAAAGUUACUUGUUGUCUUGCUAACAAGUCAUUAUUAUAUUGGACAAUGGAGAUGUCUUAUUCUUUUACUGCCUGGCAAGUCAUGUUCCGUCAGUGUGAUUCUAAGAGUUUCGUGCACUUAUUUGACCAUUUUGUGAGCUCUUUCUCUGUGUAAGUGCAUUGGGAUAUCUACUGCAGAGUCAGAUCCCUGUAAUGUUAGGUAAAGACUGUGUGAACCUAAGUGUUAUUUGUGGCAUGGUCAUGCAUUCAAUUGUAAUCGUUUUUACUGGAUCACAAAAUAAUAACGAUAUUGGAAAAAAAUCAAAAUGAAAAAAAAUAUAUACAAUUUCAGUUCACCUUUUCUAUGAGUUUGUUAUAUGCGACUGUCUUGCUGGGUCAUCCCCUUCUUCAUAAUGUGCAGUAAUUUGAAUCCUAUGCCGAAAACAUUACGCUGAAACUCCUUCUCUUUGAUGGUAGUGCUUGAUUUGUGCCUGUUUACGUGGUGAUCUCUCUAACUCCCUCUGAGUCUUACUCUCACCCUUCUAUUACUAUUGCUUGUUGAACCCACUUAAUGCUUUCUCUGAACCCUCAGCUCUCUCUCUUUCUCUCUUUAUAUCUCUCUCACUCUCUCUGUCCCAGUAUUAGUCUUUUUGUACUCUCACUAAAGAAUGCUUAGUAGCAAGCUGUACCAUUCAUUUGUUUUGUACAUACGUAAAUGUGCCAACCGCUUGACAGUGGCUUUUCUGAUCUGUAGGGACAAAGUGCUUGCAUAAAUAAACUACACUGGUGUACUUGUUAAUAAAUACUUUAUGGUGGUCA